GACUCGAGGGAGGGAGGGAAGGAGCGAGCUAGUCAGGACAACACCGGAAUAACCGAGAAGAUAAACCACUGGGCGGAGGAUUCGCACGGGUUUGUUACUUAGCUGGAUUUUUAAUGACCGAAUGCAAAAUCAAAAAUAACAUUAAUCCCACUACUCAGAGCGAUCUAUUAUUGUGGAAACGUAGUCAUUCGUCAUCAAUACAGUGUUAAGCAGCAGCAUCACUACUAGUAAUGAGUUCAGUGUUUCCACCUGGGGCAGCGGAUUUCAGCAUUACGCAGCGUUGAGAGCAUGUUUACCUGCUGAAUCACCCACAAACUGGUGCGCGCAGCGGAGUCGAUCCAAAUAAGAAAAUACUAAUACAAAAUAAAACCACAACUAGCAGCGGCACUGCAGGACUGGCGAGUUGUGAUAAGCCCAGUGAUUUGAAGCGGCACAGGCGGUGAUGGAGGAGGUAUGCCAUGACGGGCUCUGUACGACCGGCAGCCGGCACGCUACAUACAUGAUCGCUCCGUUUGAUGGAUAACUCUGGUGGUGCACAGGAAUAAAAUAUAGCACGUAGUAUAUCAUUAUGUAUUCAUGAAUGGGGCAGGUCGAUUCUGGAGAAGGAGACGGUUCCACAUCUGGAACUGAAAUCAUUGUGUAUAACAGCGUGACCCCCACCCCCCGUUUUUUGGCCAUUGUAUACGAGCAAUACGUGCUGGAUGGCGCUGGGCAGCUGAAAAAGAAAGGACUGGAUACUCUGCAUGUCAUUUUGAAGGGGAGUGAGUAGGUGGGACACUAUAUUGCAUGGCUGUGAUACGCACGCUAAAUUCCACUUUGAGCAAUGUUACCUUUAUCCCUGUGACAUACAGGCAAUCUUGUAUCGGGAAUACAUUUUGUUUUGUUUCACUGUCUCCCAACUCGUGGUAGCGUUAAUAACUUGGUGGGACAACAGUGUGGGUUACCCUUUCAAGCAGGAAGAUGUAAACAGACAGUUACCUUGGAUUUCACAUUAAGUGCGACUCCUGGGGUUGUGGAUAUGGAGCAUGUGAAGCGGAUACCCGGGACGGGGGCGCGCACGCGCACAGAAAAGAUCGAGCUGGACCAGGAGAACGCUUCCGGACCGAACCGGCUAAGGCCUUCCUCGUACCGGGCCCUGCGCAGUGCCGUGUCCACGCUGGCCAGGAUCGACGACUUCUACUGCGAGAAAAUCGGGGCAGGUUUCUUCUCCGAUGUUUUUAAGGUGAGACACAGGAUUUCUGGGCAGGUGAUGGUUCUGAAGAUGAACAAGCUGAUGAGUAACCGUGCAAACAUGCUGCGUGAGGUGCAGCUCAUGAACCGACUGUCCCAUCCCAACAUCCUGAGGUUCCUGGGAGUCUGUGUUAAUGAGGGCCAGCUCCAUGCACUCACUGAGUACAUCAAUGGAGGGAACCUGGAGCAGUUGCUGGACAGUGACGUCUACCUGUCCUGGACUGUCCGAAUGAGGCUGUCUCUGGACAUUGCCAAGGGGCUGCGAUACCUGCACUCCAAAGGGAUCUUUCACCGCGACCUCACAUCCAAGAACUGUCUGGUACGCUGCGAGGAUGGACGAUUCAGCGCUGUGGUGGGAGACUUCGGACUGGCCGAAAAGAUCCCCAACUACAGUGAUGGAAGAGAGCAGCAGCCCCUGGCAGUGGUGGGCUCCCCGUACUGGAUGGCUCCAGAAGUGCUGAGAGGAGAGCUCUACAAUGAGAAGGCUGACGUCUUUGCCUAUGGGAUCAUCCUUUGUGAGAUCAUCGCCCGGAUACAGGCGGACCCGGACUUCCUGCCACGCACUGAGGACUUUGGUCUGGACGCGCAGGCUUUCCAGCACAUGGUGGGAGACUGCCCUGCUGCCUACCUCCAACUCGCUGUGACCUGCUGCAAUAUGUCCCCUGAUCAGAGGCCCUCGUUCUCUGAGAUCGCUCAGCAGCUGGAGAGGAUCCUGGAGGCACAGCAGAAGCAAGAGAAGGAGGAGGAGGAGAGGAGCGAGACACAACGAGCAAGGAGGCAAGGGGAGAGCUGGGAGUACGUGCUGAGAGAUGGCACCCAGGACCCCUUGAGCGCUCGGAGGCACUCACUGUGUCUGCACCUUCCCCGAGACCAGCGGCUGUCCCGCAGCCAGUCAGAUAUGCUCCCUCCUAAAUCACCCCCCUUCGAUGGCCUGGCUGCGAUGCCAGCCCGGGUCAACCCCUUCACCCUGCGAGAGGACCUCAAUGGGGGCAAGAUCAAGCUGUUCGACACACCCAGUAAGUCAGUCAUCUCUCUGACAUUCGACCUGUCACCGCCCACCGACUCCUACCCAGCAACUCAGUCUGUGACCCCCAACCCCCUGCUCGACCGGUGUAGCAUUGUGGGACCUGGAGCAACCCAGAGGUGCAGGUCUCUCCCAAACUCUCCCGAGCUGCCUCGGAAAGCCAGCUUCCUGAAGGAACUGAGAGAGCGGGAGCAGGAGGACUUUGAGAACCCGGAGAUCUCUCGAGAACAGGAUCUGGAAAUCUCUCAGUGUCUUUUGCAAGAGGGAGACCUGGAAAUGGUACGUGAUCUUGAAGUUAUAGACCUGGAGAUCUUACGAGAACAGGGCCUGGAGUUUGGAGACCAGCAGGUGGAACCAAUGGACUGCUCGAGCAGCCCUGACACACUGGAGGGGCCCAUAUUCCCGGACAGACCAGUGCAGCCCUUCCUGAACAGCUGCCUGGUGACCCCGCCCUCUCCGCGCUCCAAAGACUGGCAGGCCGGCAUCUCAAAUGGACUCUCGCCCAAUGACAACAACAACACUGUGGUGGUGAGCCGGCAGCUGGGCUGGGAUCAUGGUUUCCAUGGAGAUGACUCCUUCCCGCUCAAUACUUCCAGUGGCACCCUGGAGCAGGAUGAUGUCAUUUCCUGUCCUGGCUGCUGCCUGGCGGGACUGAGGUUUCCCUCGGUGUGUCUGAGACCAUUGCGCAGGAAUCCCCCCCCCUACAAGAACCUGAACAGGGAGACGCGGGGACUGCUGUGCCGGGGGAAGCCCUUGAACCCAGGACAUUCAGGCAGGAAGACAGAGCCCAGUCUGACCAUCCCAGAGGCACAGACAUAGUCGUGGUACAGACUGGGAAACAGAAAGGCACUUUGUUAAUAAUGUCAAUAUUAUUAUUAUUAUUAUUAUUAUUAUUAUUAUUGUUGUUUUUUUGGAGGGUUUAUUAUUUGCUGAUUCUUUCUUCCUUUGUCUGCUCUUCGAGUCCUUUGACUAAAUCGCUAUAACUGUUGGGUUUUUGCGUGCAUUAGCUAACAGCGUAUUGAUAUGUAAAGUGGCUACUUUGCACUGCUGCUGUGGAAACCACACACCCCCCCCCAUACUGGACCACCCUGUAACAAGAGGCUGAAAUGGGAUACCAGGGAGUGUCUUUCAGACAUGAGGCAUGUCACAGUGUGAAGAAGUUCCCCUGCUCUUUGUGGCAAAGAGCGGGAUUGAGCAGACAGCAGCACUCAGCCCGCUGCCCUGCUAAUUCGGGCAAGUUUGUGAUUUUGGUAACUUGAUUUAAUUAGUAAAAAUUGACAUAUUGCAUCCUGUGUGAUUAGCUAUUGUUUCACUGUGAAAGCCAUGUAAGUUCUUCUGGAGAGCAAACGCAGCUAAUGAAGCAAGUGGUGUCUCCCUCUAUCAGAGGUUAUGCUUGUUUUAAAAAUGAUUUUGUAUAGGGACCACCACCCCUUGUCCCACACCAGUUGAAAACUUGAGCACAAGAAACAUGAAAUGUAUACGCCUGUAUAUUGUCUGAAGAUUGUCGCAAGGCCUGUUUCUUACCAUACCAGUAAAAUAAUACUUUUAUUAUUUACAUAUUAAAUACAUGAGCUGUUUGAGAACCACUGGAUUAUGUGCUUCUGUGGGUCCUUUACUCAUGCACAAAACCCGUGCUCCACAGCAGCAGUGAAGUUACUUCUAACCCCUUGUUAUAAACCCGCAUGGAAGUGUUCAUUUUAUUCAUUCUUGCAAUGCGUUACUUGUGUAAAAUGUUGUGUUCUGUAAUAUGCAUCCCCAGCACAAACACACACAGCAGUUUGUCAUUGCUGUAAAUUUAGUUCUUGGUACAAUGAGCACUGAUGUAUAAAGAAAAAAGGGGGGGGCUCUAAAAAGAUGCAUGUUUUAUAAUUGACGCUAUAUAUUUGAAGCCAAAAAAUUAAUUGUAUACCACCAUUCAAGCAUGUUGAUUCCACCCCCACCCCCCCGUACAGCAUUUCUUUUUUUCUUUGAUUUCCUUUUGUUUUCCUUGUAUUCGAGCAGUGCACUGAUUUGAGAGGGUGAGGCAGUUCAUACUCAAACUGGUGUUCAAUGACCCUUCAGAUAUCAACCAGCAAUUUUGAUAAACAAGACUGGCUAGGAGAUAUAAAAUUUCUGUAUUUUUUCAAUGUUCUGUACUAUAUAAUAUAUUUUGUUUGUUACUAGAAUUUGCAUUCCCUUGAACUGCUGUAAUGAAACUUGUUACACAUGCUGGAAUUCGGUUUGCACCUUAGUUGAGUUGCAUAUGUUUCAUAUGGCGGCACCAUUUGAGAGCACACGCAGGUCUGAUGGUUUGGUUUGACAUAACGUGCACAGACUGCUGUAAUAGAACACUUUAAUUUAUUUUUCUUUUUUUUUUUUUAAAGGUGCUUUGCAACAUGUACAUGAAGCCUCUGAACUCCAAAAGCACUUUGCAUUAGCUGGUAAUAAGAUGUGAUUAUGCAAACGAAUUUAAAUGAAUAUUCUUAAAAACAAAUAAAAAUAUGAAUGGUAAAA